UCAAUCAUCUAAACACAUAAUAAUAAUGUUUGACUACAAACAAAAUGUUUUUUAAUCGAUAUUUACGUUUUGAUAGAAUCUUAUUAUAUUGGAUUAUAUUUAUUAUUAUUAUCAUCAUAUUCGUUAAUGGUCAACGUGAUAAUGAUGAUGAUAGUGAUAAUCGUAAUUCUAUACAAUUUAAUGUUGAUUUUAAAUUUCCAAUCAUAAUCGAUCCAAUCGAGCAACAUAAACAACAUGGUUUUGAUAAUAUUCCAGUGUUAAGUUCAUUGGUGGCUAUUAAAGGUCAAGAUGGUCAGCAUUUUAUGUUGAUGGGAUCACCAAAUUUUUAUGAAUCAAAUAAUGAUCUUAUCACCGGUGCAGUAUUUUCAUGUCCAGUCAUGGCAAAAUCAACAAAAUGUGAAAGAAUUCUUGUCAAUGACAAUGUUGAAAUCUAUGGCUCAAAUUUACAUUAUCAGCAAUCAAAUAAAUCAUUGUUUGGUAUGACCAUGCAGCUUACUGCUCAAACAUUAAUUAUUUGUGCUCCGAAUUGGGUGGGACCUGAUGAUACACCCGAAGGAAUUUGUUUUGCGAUGGAUCGCCAACAACCAACCAAACAACGUGUCAUUUUUAAAUAUGCUCGCGAAACAUUAGUUCGAUCAAAUCGACCAUAUGAAUCGCAUAAUUUGUUCGGUUUUUCUAUUGCCUACAAUCCUCGUAGCAAUGAUCUGCUGUUUGGUCUGCCUGGAUUUAAAGAUUUUUCCGGCACUAUUUGUCGUUUAGCUGAAAAUUUAUCUGUUGAAAAAAUUAAAUUACCAGAAUAUCGAAAGACAACAACUAAUACGUAUAGUGGAUACAGUGUAGCAUUUUUUCCAUUGGAUGAAUCAUUUGAUGUUUUACUUGCAUCGACACCUAAAUAUCUUAAUUUUAAAGGUAAAAUCGAACUAAUCGAUACAAAUAGUCGUCAAGUAUUGGCCACGUUUAUGAGUAAAAAUGAUACAAUGGCGGAAUUUUAUGGAGCAACAAUGUUAGUUGUUGAUAUUGAUGGAGAUGGCCAACAUGAAUUGGUUGUCGGAGCACCAUUAUAUUCCAUUAGUACAAAACGUCGUGAAAUAGGUCGUGUAUAUCUUUAUGGUAAUAUCCGCCAAAGUAUGAUCGGAACAAGACGUUUAUACAGCGAACAAAUUAUCGUAUCACCAUCAAAAUCGAGUGGUAGUCGAUUUGGUGCCAAUUUGGCUGCAGUCGAUCUCAAUCUUGAUCGAUAUAUGGAGGUGAUAAUCAGUGCACCGUUUGAAGAGAACGCGGAUCAAUUCGAUACUGGUGCCAUUUACAUCUAUUAUGGAACAUGGCGUGGUCUUGACAUUGACAAUUUUAAGCGAAUAGCACCUGAAAGUAUUGGACAACAGAAUCAACUUGGUUUCGGAUUCAAUGUAUGGACGGAAACAGAUUUCGAUUCAAACGGUUAUGCUGAUCUCGUCAUUGGAACAUUACACCGAUCAUUUGUGUUGCGUUCAUAUCCUAUAAUCAAUAUAAAUGCAUCAAUGAUAUUUGAACCACGAGGAAUUAAUUUCUCUGAUAUUCGACAUUGUAAAGGCACACAAUAUCCGUGUUUUCUAACCACCUAUUGUAUUGAUUUAUCAUCGAAUCGAUUUCAAUUUUCACAACAUGAAUUAACAUUCAACAUCAUCAUAUCUGUUCCGGAUAGAAAUCUUGAUUUGAAAGAAGAACGUGUUCUACAAAAACGUUACAACCAAACAAUACGUACAAAAUCAAAUCGUUAUUGUUCGAAUAAACAACCGAUUAGGAUCGAAUUGAAAAACAAGGAUGACAUUUUCGAUAUUAUAACACCGAUCGAAGUACAAUUAUUAAUUGAAUUACAAUCCAAACAAACGGGACAAUUUUGUCCACAUUGUCCUGUGGCAAAUUCGUUUGCUACCUAUCAAGAGAUUGGAUUUGAACAUGGAUGUGCUCGACAGAUUUGUGUAUCGAAAUUGAUGCUUGAUGCUGAUAUUAAAUAUGGUUCUGGAACAAUUAAAGAAGUAAUUGUUGAAGGUCAAUACAAUACGUUCGAUAUGACUGCAAUGAUUACGAAUUUUGGUGAAUCAUCAAUCAAUACACAAAUGAUAAUACGUAUGGAACCGAUUUUGUUGAAUCUAAUGCCGAGUUCAGAUUUUUCACGUUGUCAUUCUAUCGAAACUGAGAAUGUCUACCGUUGUGAUGUCAAUAAACUAAUGAUCACCAAUCAGAAAGAGAAAUUUGUACUAAGAUUCGAAGCACAAUCAAUACAAAGUCGUUAUGUGUAUUGGGAUUUCGAACUUAAGACCAGUAGUCAAAUUGAUUCGGAUAGUCAACUUCGAUUCCAAAAGAAUGUUACCAUACUAAAGGAAGCUCAAUUUAUCAUGCGAAUGCAAAUGGAAAAUCAUUAUAAUUUUUCAAAUUUUGUUCCUCGUGUUCUUUUUCCCGUUUCGAUUGUAUUAGAAAAAUCUGGUCCAAGUAAUGUGGAUAAUUCAUAUGUUCAAUUUGAAGUUCCAUGGAUGAUCGAAAUGGAACAGCCAUUUCAAUAUCGAUGUAAUAAAAUUCGACAAGGAUUAGAAAAAUCUGUUCGAUUAGAUCUUGUAAAUGGAACAUUGAAAAUGUCAUGUUCAGAAAAUCCACAUGGCUGUUCAAAAUAUCAAUGCAAAUUGAAUCGAUUUGAAAGUGGUUUUCGUAUGAAAAAUUUUGACAUAACAUUAUUGUUUAUAUCAUCACGUAUUAAACCAAGUAUCAAAUAUCGUGAAGUUAUACUGGAACCAUCAUUUUCUCUAUAUCCAAAUGCCAGUAUAUUUUUCUCAUCAAACGAACCAUUCGAUGAAGUAAGACCAUUUUUCUGGUUUAUUAAACAAAACAAUGAAGAAAAUGAACGUCAUCAGAAUAUGAUUAUAUUUGGCAGUGCAGGCCUAGGUAUAAUCAUCAUUAUAUUAACAACAUGUAUAUUGAUUAAAUAUGGAUUUUUUAAACGAAAAAAAUUUGAAGAAUUAAAAAAAGAACGUAUGUCAAUGAUGAUCAAUCCGACAACAACAAUGAUGUUACCAACAAUGGAUAAUACUGAUGGCCAUCAAGAAAUUCAUCAAAUUGGUUCUAUUUCUUAAAAACAAAAAAAAAUGGAAUUUGUCAUUUUUUCUUGUAUUAGCAAAUUUAUUUAUCUGC